GAUCCGAGGCCGGCCGGCCGCUGGCGGGAGAUGUCGAACCCCGGGACGCGGAGGAACGGCUCCAGCAUCAAGAUCCGUCUGACAGUAUUAUGUGCCAAGAACCUUGCAAAGAAAGACUUCUUCAGACUCCCUGACCCCUUUGCCAAGAUUGUUGUGGACGGCUCUGGGCAGUGCCACUCAACCGACACUGUGAAAAACACCUUGGACCCAAAGUGGAACCAGCAUUAUGACUUGUACGUUGGGAAAACCGACUCCAUCACCAUCAGUGUGUGGAACCACAAGAAGAUCCACAAGAAGCAGGGGGCCGGCUUCCUGGGCUGCGUGCGACUGCUCUCCAAUGCCAUCAGCAGAUUGAAAGACACUGGCUACCAGCGUUUGGAUCUAUGCAAACUAAAUCCCUCAGAUACUGAUGCGGUCCGUGGCCAAAUAGUGGUCAGUUUACAGACCCGAGACAGAAUAGGCAGUGGAGGGUCGGUGGUGGACUGCAGAGGACUGCUAGAAAAUGAAGGAACAGUGUAUGAAGACUCAGGCCCUGGAAGGCCGCUCAGCUGCCUCAUGGAGGAACCUGCCCCAUAUACAGAUGGUACCGGUGCAGCUGCGGGAGGUGGGAACUGCAGGUUUGUGGAGUCUCCAAACCAAGACCAGAGACUCCAGGUACAGCGACUCCGAAAUGCUGAGGUUCGAGGGUCCCUACAGACACCCCAGAACCGACCACAUGGCCACCAGUCACCGGAGCUGCCUGAAGGCUAUGAGCAAAGGACGACAGUACAGGGACAAGUUUACUUUUUGCACACGCAGACUGGAGUCAGCACGUGGCAUGAUCCCAGGAUCCCCAGUCCCUUGGGGACCAUUCCGGGGGGAGAUGAAGCUUUUCUAUACGAAUUCCUUCUACAAGGCCAUACAUCCGAGCCCAGAGACCUUAACAGUGUGAACUGUGAUGAACUUGGGCCAUUGCCUCCAGGCUGGGAAGUCAGAAGUACAGUGUCGGGAAGAAUCUAUUUUGUAGAUCACAAUAAUAGGACAACCCAGUUUACAGACCCACGGCUUCACCAUAUCAUGAAUCACCAGUGCCAACUCAAGGAGCCCAGCCAGCCGCUGCAGUUGCCCAGCGAGGGCUCCAUGGAGGACGAGGAGCUUCCUGCCCAGAGAUAUGAGAGAGAUUUAGUCCAGAAGCUCAAAGUUCUUAGACACGAACUCUCUCUUCAGCAGCCCCAAGCUGGUCAUUGUCGAAUAGAAGUUUCCAGAGAAGAAAUAUUUGAGGAGUCGUAUCGCCAGAUCAUGAAGAUGCGGCCAAAAGACCUGAAGAAGCGCCUGAUGGUGAAGUUCCGUGGGGAGGAAGGCUUGGACUACGGUGGAGUGGCACGGGAGUGGCUGUAUUUGCUGUGUCAUGAAAUGUUGAAUCCGUAUUAUGGGCUCUUCCAGUACUCCACAGACGACAUCUACACACUGCAAAUCAACCCGGACUCUUCCGUCAACCCCGACCAUCUGUCUUACUUCCACUUUGUGGGUCGCAUCAUGGGUCUGGCUGUGUUCCAUGGACACUACAUAAAUGGGGGCUUCACAGUUCCGUUCUACAAGCAGCUCCUGGGAAAACCCAUCCAGCUGUCGGAUCUGGAGUCAGUGGACCCAGAACUGCACAAGAGCUUGGUGUGGAUUCUAGAGAAUGACAUCACGCCGGUGCUGGACCAUACCUUCUGCGUGGAGCACAAUGCUUUUGGGCGGAUCCUUCAGCACGAACUGAAACCCAAUGGCAGAAAUGUACCUGUCACUGAGGAGAACAAGAAGGAAUAUGUCCGGUUGUAUGUAAACUGGAGGUUUAUGAGAGGAAUUGAAGCGCAGUUCCUAGCGCUUCAGAAAGGGUUUAAUGAACUCAUUCCCCAACACCUACUGAAGCCCUUUGACCAGAAGGAACUAGAGCUGAUAAUAGGCGGGCUGGAUAAGAUAGACCUGAAUGACUGGAAGUCGAACACGCGCCUGAAGCAUUGUGUGGCCGACAGCAACAUCGUCCGAUGGUUCUGGCAGGCAGUGGAGACCUUUGAUGAGGAGAGGAGGGCCAGACUCCUGCAGUUCGUGACAGGAUCCACGCGAGUGCCUCUCCAAGGCUUCAAGGCUCUGCAAGGUUCUACAGGCGCGGCAGGGCCCCGACUCUUCACCAUCCACCUGAUAGACGCCAACACAGACAACUUACCCAAGGCUCAUACCUGCUUUAACCGGAUUGACAUCCCACCCUAUGAGUCCUAUGAGAAGCUCUACGAGAAGCUGCUGACAGCAGUGGAGGAGACCUGUGGCUUUGCUGUGGAGUGAAGAGUGGCCAGUGGCAGCCGAGUCACCCACAACCACCAGACCCAAAGCAUAUGGUGUCUGCACGCCUCCCGCAUGGCGGGCUGAGGCCUGAGAUUCCAGAAACCCGAGGGAAAAGGCUCAUCUCCCUCCUCUGGGGAGGGCAGGCCAGGGGACUUUCAUAGGUGGCUCCCACCCAUUUACCCCUCCUUUAUUAUAGUUCGCCCACCCUUCCAUCACCCAUCCAAUAAAAUGCAGCCAGGUUUCCCCCUCAGCCUCCUUGGCAUGGUGGGCAUGGCCAGGGCCAAGCUGGGCCCCGAGGGCUUGCAUGGUCUCUGUACCGGCUCCCCCUCUCAGUGCAGCCUCAAGGCCCUUUCCAAGUUCAGCAGCUGCCCAUAGCUUACCAAGCUCAAACUCCAGACGGUCCGGCUAGCAGCCUGUUCCAGAGAGCAGGUGGAUUUCUAAGCAGGAAAUAACUGCACAGUGCAUGCGUGCUGGAAUUCCACCAAAGCAGGAAGCUCGAGGCAGAAUGUAUUUCCCCUUUGAGAGGUAGAGGGAUUGGAGCAGCCUUCACAGGAGGCCCAGGGAUUUCUUUUCAGGGUAUCCUGGCUGAAAAGAUGGCUUUGCACAGGGGAAACAUCUUUAAAAGUUCCAUCUGCUGUGUUCUCUACCCAGUUUGAAAUUCUCACGUCAUGGAACUAAUCAAAGAAUGACCAAAAUCAGGCUCAGAUCCACCUGGGUCCAGCUCAACUCCUGUGCCAGGGACCGGAGGCUCCUGACUGUCGUGAAAUGUUAAUGGACUUUUAUAUGGGGAUUGCUAAGAGCUAAACUAACAGAACAGUUUUGUCACCACAGCCACUGGAUGGGACAGCAGGAGAGGCCGCUGACCUGGGGCCUCCUGAUGCAGCUCCCCAGAGUUGGUGCUAUGCACAAAGCAGGGUGUGAUGGAGCCUGUGGUGACAGGGAGGGGGCUUUACCUCCCUUACAUGGCCCUCUUCCCCGGUGGCAAUGGUGAUGCUAACAGUUCUACUCAAUUUGCUUGCUCAGUCUUUGUCUUCUGAUGAGCAAGGCCAAAGCCAGCCUAAUGCCAUGUCUCUAACACCAUUUCCAGUUUGCACAAGUGUUUAGAAGCGGUGACUGUCCCGAGAGGCUGGAUUCAGGCAGCUGAACUCUGGGAGAAGGCAGGGCAGCAGCCCAUCUUCCACGUGUGGUUUUGCCAUUUUUGUUUGUGGUGGGGGCGAGAACAGGGUAAUUCAUUAGUAAGACAUUUCAUUGGUACCGGGAUUCAAGUUCAGCCAUGAGUUCAAGUUAUGUGUGGGAUGUUGAAGAAGGUCCUGUCGGGCCACUGACUUUUGUGUUCUUUUCAUUGCUCACCCUCAGGCUAGGGAUGGGGAAGCGUCUUCCCUUCUGUUACCGCUGCUUCUGUCCAGCUUGCUCCAGAAGCAGUUCCUGAGUUACUGGGGAAGGCUGGAUUCAUAGGUUACACACCCUAUCCCAAGAGGUUUGCCCAGCUUGGUGACCACGGGUACUGCAGAGCGUGAGCCAGCCACACGCUGAGUGUCAAGGUUUAGGGACGGAAAGGAUGCUUGGCAGACCUCACUGCACAAAAACUGAGUCCAUCCACCAUCCAGGCCAGACUGGGGCCUUACCAGUUUCUCAAUUUUCUGCCUUGCCCCAGUAGGGCUUCUGUAUUUCAUCUACCUUAAUGCUCCUGAGGGUGUUCUAAAACCUGGCUCCCUCAUGACUGGGAAGUGUGAGGAAGCCUGUGCCCUAAGGCGCAGCCAGGUCCCACCACGUGACUCUGGAGAUGGGAAGCCCUGCGUGGAGCUGUGGCACUGUGCCAGUCUGCAGUGUUGGAGGAGACAGGGUCCUGUGCCGCCAGAAUGUCGAGUUGGGAGUGAUGUGGGACAAGCCUUAGGGGUCCCAUGUCACGUGUGCGUUGAGGAUCCAGAGGUUGGCCCCUCGGGCUGACUGUGGUAGGCAACACAUACCACCCAGUAAGGCUUCUAAGUCUUUCUCCUUAAUUGCCUGGGUUCCCUUCAUUGCCAGUUCUGAGUGUCCCAGCCUCCCCCAGGUGUCCGUUGGUACCACUGCACCUCCUUGUCUGUCUAUCAUGGUUAGGUACUUCAGAAGCUCCUCACAGGACACCGCGUGGCCGGCCGACCCACGGCAAAGCUCCUGGUUGCUCUGCUUUGGGUCUGGAUGAAGCCCUUUCAUGUAAGAUCUCGAUUGUCGCCCUUCCUGGUGGCCCCAGACGAUCCACCGUUGCCACGUCACCCAGAUGCUUCAGGAGCCUGGCUCUCCAGGCUCCCCUCACCAGCGGCCAGCAGCCAACUCAGGGACGCAGCAAACACCACUCUGCUCCGCAGUGCUUCAGAGGAAGCAGCAGGCUGCAGCAAUGGGGUGGCAGCGGGUUCCAAUCUCUUGCUUUCUUUUAGGAGAAUCUGCCACAAGAUGGGAUGCUGACCCCUACACUGGCUUGGCCACAUGGUCAAGUUCAGCCUAGGUGGCCCCUGGACUGACCGUAGGCAGAGAAAACACCCCACCCUCCUGCAGCCAGGUGGGGGCCACUUGGCAGCCUUCUGAAACAGUGUGGGUUUUUAAAAUGUGUUUAUAAUGUAUCCUAAUUUAUUUUGUAAGGUCCUGUUCGAAGUGCUGCUGCUACCCUAGUUGCUCUCCCAGUUUUUAUCGCCCAUUUACUUGUGACAGUUGUACACUAAUGUUCUGUUUUAUGUCAGAAUCGAAAGUAUUUAAAGAAAUGCUAGUUCUAUUUAAUGCAGUUGUGGAACCAGCUAGAAACAAAACGUUGACUGUAGAGCAGGCUGGACCCGGGAGGUCAGGUUCAUUUUGUUACAUAUGCAAUAAACUCACAACUUUACUUUU